AUGGAGGAGCUGGUGCUGGGGUGCGCGGAAGCCGUUCAGGUACUGGAGGCAGGCGAGGUGGUGGCAGAUGAGGUGCUGUGCGGGCUGGCUCAUGCAGCACAACAGCUUGUGCUCGAGCGGUGCGGCGCACUGCACUCCGACCUGCAAACCGUGCUGGCACUGUGCACAGAGUUGACGGACACGCAGGCCGAGGUGAGGGAUUGUGCAGCAGCUGUCACCAACAACAACAGCACCAGUACAGAUGCUGAUGCGCGUCAACACAUGCAGUUGGCGCUCUUCCUUCUUCAGACGGCCACAACAGGGCUGAACGCGGUGCUUGGUGACGAAGCCACAGCAGCAACAGCAUCGGCAGCAGCAGGAGUUAUCAACAAUGAGAUUCAAGGAAGGCUGUCGAACGCAGAAGAGCGCACCCACCCCAACAGUCGACACGAGCAGUACAUGCUCUCAUCAUCAACCACCACGCCUAACGACAGUGGUGUUUGGGAGAACAGUAGACCUACAACCUCCCAACCUGAGCAACUGCGACAGCACCAGCAGUACCACAACACCAAAGAGCACUCGCACCAGCACCAGGGCCCGCGGCCCAGCGUUGCGGAAUCGUUACUUGCAGACGUGAGAGAGGCGCUGUGGGUUGCAGAUCUCCCCAAAGAGAUCAACCGAGGUGACGUGCGCGGAUGCAUUGCGUGGCUGGUCGAGCACGCACGCGGGUCACGUUGGGAGACGACGGACAGCUCCGGCAACACGAGCGAAGAGGAAGAAUCGCAGGAAGAUGAUGGUGAUGUGGUAGCGAGAGGCGAACGCGAUCAGACAGAGAAAGCCACAGACGACGACGGCAUUACGGCGAGGAACGACAAACAACAACGACAACAUCAACAACAACAUCAAUGCGGGAGCGAGGUGGAGGGUGAGAAGUUCGCAGAUCACAUGCAGUGCGACCACAGAUUGAAGGAGGAGGGGAAAAGAGGGUGCGUGCUUGUGGAUAUUGACGUUCACAUUGAGAAAGAGGGUGUUACCACUGAUCGGGCUUCGACAACAGCACAACCCAAACAACAGCAACACCAGAGGCGGCAGCGCCGCCACCGCCGUCGGCCCCGUCAGCAAUCGCCCAUGACCACUGCAGCCACACUCGGCGCCAACAACAGUGGCAGCGACAAGAACGGGGCGAUAUCCCAGCUGCAGAUGCAAUGGGAGAAGGAACGCGAGCAGAUGCUGGAGACAAUCAAGCAGCUUCAACAACAAGUGCAACAAGGCGCCCAACACAAAAUGGCAGACACCACCACAGCCGCCACAGCCGCCACAGCCGCCGCGACUACGGCUGAUACAGCCGUACAGCCGCCGUGCAGUCUUGAUGACGGUGUAUUGGACGCUCUACGCCCACACGAGGACCACAUGCGUGCGUUCUUGCAGGACGCAGUUGGCGAGCAACACACGCUGGACAGCGUGCUGGCGGAAGUGUUUCGGUCACAGGCCUUUCUAGUCGAGUGCCACAGCAACACACUGCCACCUUCCUUUCUGGGCUUCAUGCAAGCGCAGCUGGACAUUGGACAGCGUGCCGUGCGCCGACGGCACAGCAGCGGCGUCAAUUGCCUCGGGCGCAUCACCGCCUUCCUCGCCUUGUAUCAGCACCUCUGCGCAACAACGCUCGAGGCCCUACACAAUACACGUAUUGUGGACCUCCAAGAGAUUGAAACGUUGCAGCGAACAGUAGAGUCGCUGCGAACACAGGUUCGCGAAGUCGAACAACAGGCAGUGCUCGCACCAACCAAACCCACGGCCCAGUUCUCGUCAACUGAAUUUGAUCUGUUGUUGCUCCACGACACAGACCGAGCACAUCAACCACACAUGUUAGCACCGUCACCGCCGCCACACAGCCGCCACCACACCGCCCAAAGUGUCUGCCAGGGCGUGCUGGCCGUGAUUGGGGCCGUCAUGUGCUUGCUGACGGCGAUUCUUGGGGCAGUGGUCAUAUUCACGCCAGCCGCGGACCCGCAGCGCAGCUGUUACAUUCACCAAUCCGAAUACAUCCCACAAUGA